AUGGGGGAUUGGCAUCCCAAUCGAGUCUCCAAAAACGGUAGGUAUGAUUUGUUUGGAACACUAGAUGUGACAGAAUCUUAUACACGCCUCGUCGGACGGCCGCAUCAGGGUGUGGCCAUUGGACGGCAGAGCGAGCGAAGGGCAGAGCAGCGGCAGGAUGACAACGGUGGCAGCGCUACAGUCGUCGCCGCGUGCGACAGCUCCGUGAAGUGUCUUCUCGCCGUGGGCGACGGUCUUGUCCUCAGCUCCCACCAGGACGGCAAGAUCAGGGCGUGGCGCGCCGGCAGCCUGAAGGACGGGUCCCGACACCUCGCCCCGCGCGCCGUCCUGCCGACCUUCGUCGACCGGCUGCGGACGUUCCUGCUCCCGUGGAGCUACGUGCAGGUCCGGCGGUACCGGUGGCGCACCUGGGUGCACCACGUGGACGCGGCCACCGCGCUCGCCGUGUCCUCGGACGGCGCGCUCCUGUACUCGGCGUCGUGGGACCGGAGCCUCAAGGCGUGUGCGGCUACCGGGGUUCCGGUGCACAGAGUCCGUCGCGGCCGCGCACGACGACGCCAUCAAUGCGCUGGCGGUGUCCCCCAACGGGCACGUGUACACGGGCUCGGCCGACAAGAAGAUCAAGGCGUGGAGGCGCCACCCGGAGCGGAGGAGCAAGCACGUGCUCGUGCAGACGAUGGAGCGGCACAGGCGGCGGUGAACGCGCUCGCUCUCGGGGUCGACGGGAAGGUGCUCUACUCCAGCGCGUCCGACCGGUCGGUCGUGGUUUGGGAGCGCGCCGGCGACGGGCGCAUGGAGGCCACCGACACGCUCAGAGGGCACAAGAAGGCGAUCCUGUGCCUGGCGGCGGCCGGGGACGUGGUGUGCAGCGGCUCGGCGGACAGGACGGUGAGGGUGUGGAGGAGGAGAACGGAGAACACGGGGUACACUUGCCUGUGA